GACCCCACAGUCGGCCACGUUAUCGGCAGAGACAUGUCACCUUAAAUCUAGACCAAAACAUCAAAACAUUACGAAAGUUGGUUAUGUUCUACACCUGAAAGUAUGUCAACUUUGUGAAAAAUGGUCGUUGCUCUUUCAAACAAAAUGGAAAUCUCCGAAGAAGUGACAGCAGAAGCUCCUUUGGUGUCAGACGAAGAUGGAGUCAAAUACGCCUUCUUUUUGGAAAAGCUAAACACUAUGCUUUCAGAGAUUCCCAAGAAGUAUCAGAAAAAAAUUUCUCCAGAGCUUUGCUCUAACUUGGCACAAUGUUUAACAAACAGUAUCAACUUUGAAAUAGUCAAAGGUUUGAUGGAUAUUCAGCAUGUAACUGAGAAAUACCUCAUUCAUUUGAGACUAAAAGUUACAAAUAAACAGCAAGCGGAAACCACAAAGGCAUUAGAAGGAGCAUCCAUUUAUGAACAUGACACUAUCCGUGCUGCGAUGGCUGCCAAACACAGGAAACAGCUUGUUGACGUUGACAUGAAAUUAGUGAAACAACUUGAUACAAAGGUUGCUGAACAGCAAGAAACUCUUCAGCAGGCUGGUUUUCCAGGCUUUUUUGUUACCAUGAAUAGUUCUGAGAUUAAAGUUCAAAUGUUCUUACUAGAUUUCAUUUUAAGAUUAAGUAAGAUGAAUGUACCUGGUUCCUGAUCUCUCUCCAAAAUGUAUAUAUGUAUAUGAUUUAUUAAUUAUGUCUGUCUGUACGACUGAAUCAAUUCACAACAGCCAUUCCAUUGUGUUUAUAUAAAGACAUCAAUUAAUUUAAGCCUGUCUGAAAGUUGUUUCCCUCUAUCAGUGUUUUAGCACGUAUAAUUGAGAAUGGUUGUUUUGUUUGUUUUUUAAUUGUUUUAAACAAUUUGUUUUCCUUUUUUUUUUCAAAUUAUCUGUGAUCCCACCAGUAGAAAAAUACUUGGACUGUCAUCAUUUUUAUUUUAAAAUCAAUUGCAAUUACACAUGUCUCUUCUUUCUUGUUUUGUAUAUUUGUACAUUGUUUUGUCAUCAAGAGUUAAAUAAAAUUAUUUGUUUAAAAAAAUAUUGUAAUGUC